GGGAGGGUCAACAUGGCGUCUGAGCAGGAAAGUUCCAACGGGCCAGUGAAGAAGUCCAUGAGAGAAAAGGCCAUCGAAAGACGCAGUAUCAACAAAGAACACAACAGUAACUUUAAAGCAGGCUAUGUACCCAUUGAAGAGGAGCGUCUUCAUAAGACUGGGCUGAGAGGACGGAAGGGAAACAUGGCUGUUUGCAUCAUCGUCCUCCUCUUCCUCCUCGCCUUAAUAAACCUUAUUAUUACACUGGUAAUAUGGACGGUGAUCCGCAUCGGCCCGAAUGGCUGUGACAGUAUGGAGUUCCACGAGACCGGCCUGCUGCGCUUCAAGCAGAAGGCGGACAUGGGAAUUGUUCAUCCACUGCACACGAGCACAGUAGGAGGUCGUAAAGAUCAGGACCUGGUCCUUGUUGGCAACAACCAACCAGUUGUGUUCCAGCAAGGCACGACUAAGCUGAGUGUAGAAAAGGACAAGACCUCAGUCGUCAGCGAUGUUGGCAUAUCCUUCACUGACCCUCGCACACAGAACACAUAUUUCAGCACCGACUUUGAAAGCCAUGAGUUCCAUCUGCCCAAAGGAGUCAAAGUCCUCAGUGUUAAAAAGGCUUCUACAGAAAGGAUCACCAGCAGUGCAGCAUCUGACCUGAACAUCAAAGGGGACAGUAAGGCCAUCAUUCGUGGAAAUGAGGGUGUCAACAUCAUGGGCCGGACUGUAGAGUUCAAAGUGGGUGGAGGCAUCGAGCUCAGGGCUGAGAACAGCAUUGUCCUGAAUGGAUCAGUCAUGUUCAACGCUACACGCAUCCCUAACUCUGCAGCAGAUGAGUAUUUUAAUGAGGGUCUAGAGAGGUACAAGCUCUGCAUGUGUGCAGAUGGAACUCUGUUCCGUGUGCAGGUGAAGUAUCCCAACAUGGGCUGCCAGACAUCAGAUAACCCAUGUAGAAGAGCUCACUAGGAAAGUGGACUGGAAUCUGCUGAAUCUCCUUUCAAUCUGUCACCACUGAAGUCAGACAAUGUGACAUAUUUUGAUAUUGUAUUAUUGCAAAUCAUACGAUAUUCUUCAUAGCUCGCACAUAAUACCUCUACAGUUCAUCUGAUAAAUUCUGUAUUAGUUAGUUUGCCAAAUAGCACUUGUGUUACAGAUCAUUGCCACUUGGCCAAAGAUAUUGACAUACUUUAUAAGUGCUCAAGUUUUUUUUCAAUGUUCUGCAGAUUUGCCAACAUAAUAUAAAGUUCAUAAUACCAUAUCAGCAUUAACACUCCGAUAUUUAAUAUUAUACUGUGGAUUACCCACUUCUUGUGGUGUUUUGCAGCUACAGUAUUUAUUUUUUUGCCUUACCGUCCAGUAUUAUCUAUAAACAAACCCUGUAGAGGGUCAUUUUAUUUGCUGUGCAUUGUUUCUGGCAGCUGUGUUUGAUAUUUUCCUUACUACAUAUACUGACAAGUGUGAAACACUAUAUGAUAAUAAUAUUUGCAGGUGAAAUGCACAGAGUUUUGGAUAGUGUUAUACAUUAGAUACAUUUUAAGCCAUCCAGUAAUGCUAAAGCAGAGUAGGUCUCUUUCUGCACAUCUUGGACUGUCAAUCAUGCACGUGCCAAUGGAUUAACAAGGGAUGAUAUAUAACAUAAUAUAUAUGUAACAUUUAAAUUUUGUUGCAAAAGCUUUUUUACAGUGAAGUAGUGCAAUGUGUGGAGAAACAGAGUGAGUGUGUUUGCACUAAGUUAUGCUACGGAUUAAUGCAAAUCUCUUUAAAUGUUGAUGUUCAUGAAUGUCAGGAAAGUUUAAAUCAACAGCAACUUGGGUCUAAGCCUUCACUGAGUGGUUUGAAUUUGUGCAAUAUAGUAUAAAAUUUGACUUUCAUUUAGUUUGGAUUGUCUUGUCUGUUUUAUAACAUUACUGAUGUUGAGAAAUGUCAUGAAGUAGCUGUUUUCAAAGGAUUACAAGCUUGUUGCCUGUUUUGAGAGAACAUUGUUUUUGAUCAACUAAAUGGAAAUAAGAAAAAAGACUAUCAGCUUUAUUUUAAAAAUGUGUCCAACAUUUCAU